GUCAUCUACAAGAAGUUCCAGAUCCCCUGCCCACUCCCUGAGCAGGAGGCAAACCUCACGGGCAGCCUGAACGUCACCCCCGUCAGCACCAGCGACUACGAGAAUGGUUACACUGUCCUCCACGCACCUGACCAGGACACCUGCACCCCCAGCUUCUUCACCCUGAACUCCCAGGAGGUGCGGGAUACAGCCUGGGGUGGGUGGGAGGGCAGCUGGCUGGUGGUGGGUGUUAUCAUCCCUGGGAGCCCCUCCAAGAAGAAGAUGCAGUGCAUCUCCAACAUCUCCAUCAUGGUCAUGUACCUCAUGUACUUCUUGGCUGCCCUCUUUGGCUACCUCACGUUCUACGGCCGGGUGGAGUCGGAGCUGCUGCACACAUACAACAAGGUGGAUCCCUUCGAUGUGCUCAUCCUGUGCGUGCGGGUGGCCGUGCUGACAGCUGUCACCCUCACCGUCCCCAUCGUCCUCUUCCCAGUACGCCGGGCCAUCCAGCAGAUGCUGUUCCAAGGGAAGGACUUCAGCUGGAUCCGCCACGUCACCAUUGCCGUGGUCCUGCUGACCUUCAUCAACCUCUUGGUCAUAUUUGCCCCCUCCAUCCUGGGCAUCUUCGGCAUGAUCGGUGCCACCUCCGCUCCUUGCCUCAUCUUCAUCUUCCCUGCCAUCUUCUACAUCCGCAUCAUGCCCAAGGAAAAGGAGCCUCUGCGCUCCACCCCAAAAAUCUUG